UAUUUUUUUUAUUUCGUGGCGUGCGUUUGGGUUUCGCCGCUGUUCCGCUUGAUUUUUGGGUGUUUUUGUGUUUGUGCGAGCGCGCGCGCGUAUGUGUGUGUGAAAAGAAAGAAGCCGCAGAGGAAAAUCCGAUUCUUGGAAAUCUUAUCAAUGAGUUUUUAGGUGCUGCCACAGUUGGAAAAUGCCAACGCACUCAACAAAUCUCGCACGUUUGUAGCUUGCAGCUGCAGUUGUUGUCGGCGCGUCUGUCGUUUGUUAUUACUGCUACCACGCCCACACACACAGACACACAGGCUCACACAUACAGCAUGGCAGCCACGGUGUACAAACGCCUACACAGCGCCAGUAUAGGCGGCGGCGGCGGCGGCGGAGGCAGCCUCAUCGCUUCCACCACUUCCCCCGCGUCCAUGGGCGGCUCCUCGCCCAUGCUGGGCCACUCGCAGCUGACGCGCUCGCUGGAGCGCAUCCUCGAGGAAGCGCACUUCAGCGGCGAGCUGAUACUGACCAAUCGCAAGCUGAAGGACUUUCCCAAAACGGGCACCAAAUACAGCCUCACGGAUACCGUUAUUGCAGAUCUGUCCCGAAAUAGAUUCUGUGAGCUGCCCGAGGAGAUCACAACGUUUGCGUUCCUGGAGACGCUGAUGCUCUACCACAAUGCCAUACGCAGCAUACCGGAGUCCGUGAAGCAGCUCUCCUCGCUGACGUAUCUGGAUUUGCGCAGCAAUCAGCUGGGCUCGCUGCCGCGCGAGAUCUGCUUCCUGCCGCUGCAAGUGCUACUGGUGUCCCACAAUCGGCUGGUUGCGCUGCCCGAUGAGCUGGGCCGCCUGGAUCAGACGCUCACCGAUCUGGACGCCUCCUACAAUCAGCUGGCCGCGCUGCCCGUCCGUCUUGGCGAGCUGCGCACCCUGCGCUCCCUCUCGCUGCGCAGCAACCAGCUGCUCUAUCUGCCGCGCGAGGUCACCUGCCUGAGCCUCGUCUCGCUGGACGUGAGCAACAAUCGCAUCGCCAGCCUGCCCCUGGAGAUACGCCACAUGAGCACACUCGUGGAGCUGCAGCUGGAGAACAAUCCCCUCACCUCGCCGCCGGCAAGCCUCUGCAUGCGCGGCCUGGUGCAUGUGUUUAAAUUUCUGGAGACGCAGGCGACCAAGGAGGAGAAGGGUGCUCGAGCAGGCGGCAAUUAUGAUGGCUACACGACGCUGCGACGUGCGCCGCGUCACAAUUCCAGCGGCAACAUGCUGGAAACGGCGACCACGCAACGGCAUGCCGGGCGCCAUCAGAUCGAUUCCGGCUACAGCACGAGCGAUGGGCUGGACAAGCGCUGGUCCCACGAUGCGCCCGGCAAGUCCAAGACGGACUCGCCGCUUCACUGUGCGACGCUGCCGCGCACGCUGCCCUCCGGAACGGGCAACAGUCAGCCGCAGUCGCAGUCGCAACAGCUAAGCGCAGAUCUGAUGGAUGCAUCGCUUACCUCCAGCACCAGCACGAUUGUGGACGAGAGUCUGACGCUCAGUGCGGGCGCCUCGCCAAUGGCAUCGCCUUGCAAGCGAUCGACGUCGUCCGCCACGGAGCACAUCAGCUACGCGCACUCGAACAGCUCGAGCAAUGGCUCGUCGCCGGACCAGGACGAUGAUCUGAUGCUGGAUCAUCAGGAGCGCAGCGUUAACGGCAGCAAUGGCAAGCUGAACAAGAGUCUCAGCAACAUUCAGACCUACAAGGAGUACAAGGAUGCGCUGAAGCAGCAGCGCAAUCAGGAGAUUAGCAGCGUCUACAAGCAGAAGCAUCCCAAUGCCAAUUCCAGUCCCAACGAGGAGGAGCUGCCACGCCUGACGAACGGCCAAUCGGCCACGGCCACCCUGCCAAAGUCCAUUAUGAAGCAGCCCAGCAGCAACGGUCACAACGGCAACGGCAACGGGAACGGCAUUGAUGAUGUGGUUAUACCAAAGAAGCCCAUACAAAAGGUGAUUCCAUCACGCAACACGGAGCUGAUGUCAUCGCUGGCAUUGAAGUCGUCGCCGCCAACGUCAGCCACAGACCCAAAUGGGGCCAAUUGUGCGGGCUAUGUGAAGCCCCACAGUCCCAUGAAGAAUGGCCUCGGGGUGCUCACCAACAGCAACAGCAACAACAACGGCUGCAACACCAAAUUUAGCACGUCCAAUGGCGGCGGCGCCACCAGCACCUCCAGCACUGGCCUGGUUAAAUCGCCUGUGAGCGCCACCAGCAAAUUGGGCAACGUGAAGACGCAUCGCUCGGUCACUUGGAAUCAUGAUAUACCUGCCGAGAAGUUGAGCUUCACCAUGCGACGCGAGUUCGAUCGUCAGCGCGAGGAGACGGAGCUCAUGUCCCAGCUGCGUAGCAUAAUUGAGACACGCUUGAAGAUGACGCUGCCCGAGGAUAUCGCAUCGGCACUCACAGACGGCGUCAUACUCUGCCAUUUGGCCAACUAUGUGCGUCCGCGGUCAGUGGCCAGCAUCCAUGUGCCAUCGCCCGGUGUGAACAAAUUAUCAAUGGCGCGCUGUCGACGCAAUGUGGAUAACUUCUUGGAGGCCUGUCGUCGCAUUGGCGUGGAUGAGGAGUUGAUUUGCUCCUGUGCAGAUGUUGUGCCACAGCAACAACAAAGCGAACAUCCACGCGCGGAUGAUGACUAUGACGCUGAUGUUUAUGUCGAUGAUAAAGACAGCAGCAACAGUUGCAGCAGCAGCAGCAGCAGCAACAACAAUAACAUUGAUACAAAUGCUGGCCGUAAGCGCUGGCAAGUGCCAAACGCAGUCGCCCUGCUGCGCACAGUGGCCGCACUGAUUGCCCUCGAUGCGAAUCCACAUCAUCAGCAUAUGCGCUACCUGCAACAGCAGGAAGAGUUGCAGCUGAAGCUGCAGCAGCUGCAACAGCAGCAACAAGAGCAAAACUCCUGCACCAAACAGCCAGUACAGAUGUUGCAGCAACAACAGCAACAACAACAAAUAGAUAAUGUAUUAUAUGAGAAUUGUGAGUUUGUCAAUGGCAAGGAAGCGCAUAUGUCUGAUGAUGCAACAGCAACAUGCAUGCUCUACGAGCCACUGCAACAGCAACAGCAGCAGCAGCAACUGGGCGCAGUGGGUCAGCUGCUGCGCACGGCCAAACUGAAGACCUACGAGAAGAUCAAGCACAAUCUGUUGAGCGCACACGGCCAGCACAGUUUUCAAUUGAACAACAACAAUCGCACGCUGCAAACGAUUAUCGAGAACGAACACGAUGUGGCCGCCGCUGGACCGGCUGGUCACUAUCAUCUGAUUGACGAGAAGCAACAGCAGCGGGCGCAGCUACGGGAGCAGCAGAAGGAGGAGAAGGAACCGCCCACAGUUAAGCCGCUCGCCAAGCGCAUUGAGUUCUUCGAGCAGCAGCCCAAACUGGAGGUCUUUAGCAUCUAUCGCAUUGAUGAGCAGCAGCUGCAGCAGCAGCCGCCGCCGCCGCACAAGCUGGAGCAGCUGAAGCAACACGAAGCUGGUACUUUGUUGCUGAAGCAUGACUCCCACACGCUGACGAUUAUCCUGUCGUGCGUUUUCAUCGCCACUUUCCUGUGGCUGGUCUUCUUCCCAUUGCCCGGCUAGCAAUGGCACGCCCCCCUGCAGCUUCUACCGCCUUUACGUAUUGCCAAUAGUUUUAAGAUGGAGCUCACGCAGCUUUCAUGGCGCUUGUACUAAUUUAUUUAACUUGAGGCUGCUUUUACGUUUAGUGCUAAUAAGUAUUACGCUAAAAUCUAGAUGUAAAACCCCAAAAAACCCAAAGACUUUGUAGUGCAACACAUAUUGAGGGUAUUCCCCCAUAUUGUAUUUGCUAUCAUGUGAGAUUUAUACACACAUUCUUGACUAUAUACGACACAGACACACACAUAUAUACAAUUCAUCACAAAUAACAUUUUCACUUGGUUUUCAAAAAGUAUUUAUAUAUUGAAAAAAAACUAUACCUAUUCCUAAUGCUAGGCUACAACGAAAAACACACUUGAAUUGCGUUCCGAUUGUUAGUUGAACUAAGUAGAAAGUAGAUACAAGUUAAACAGUGCUGUAAAGGACUCGAUAACCAGUUACCAGUGCUGCAAAGGACAAUGAAAGGUUUAGAUUUACAUAUGGGUUGUUGUUAUUGACCAAUGGGUCGGCUGGGACUAGCAGGCAGGCGAAGCAGGGACACAAAAUAGUUAUAGAAAAUAGCGCGAAAUAGUUAUAUAUAUUAUAUCUAUAAACACUCCAACAAAGAUCAACAAACUAUAUAUACUCGAGCGCACAACUCUUGAACAAUCAAUUUUCAACGCACACAGUUCUCAUCAAAAAAAUAUAUGACAAAAAUAGUGCCUUUGACUGUACAGUUUAGACAGUCUGAAUCAGCUAUAUAACUUUAUAUAUAGUACACACACAUCUUCAAGCAAUAUUUCUUGAUUUCGUUGCCAAGAUUUUCGAUCAAUUGUGAACAUAAUUUGUAUUUUAUGUGUACAACUUACUGAGUGAACGAACAGAGCGCUUUUUCUCCCAAUGACUAUAAUUGUAUUAUUUAUAAAACUAUGAAUUAAAAGAAAAACUAUAUAUUCCAUUCCUAACUAUAUCAUAUAAUUUAAUUUAAAUUUAUAAAUGCUUAAAUAAUGCAAAUAAGUACUUAACGAACUCUCGAUGAAAAGCUAAUCAAAUUUCUAAAAGAAAAACCAUCUGGAAAACUUACAUAGUUAUGUAUAUUGAUCCAAGUACUUAAAAAAGAUAACUUGUAUACACAUAUUUAUAUUUUGUCUAACAAAAAAGAGAAACAUAUAAACAUUCAGGCAGCUAUAAGAAAUGCAUAAAAAUAUAAAUUUAGUUAUAGUCAUUAAUUUUUAUAAACGACAUUUAACAAAGACAAGCUAUUUAUGCUCUAUAUAUAUACUAAGAAAUCUGUAAACAAAAUUAUGAAAAACAAUCAAAAAUACCAGGAAAAUGAUAUAUUUAUGAGCCGCAGUAACAUUUGAAGCCAAACAACAAGCCAAGUUAUAAGCAUAUUGCACAGUGGAGCAAACUUCCAAUGUUUCCAGUCAUUUAUUCUUCAAACCAAACGAAAACUAAUGCAUUUAUUGUAAGCAUUAAGGAGAACUAUGCGAAAAUGUCAAAGAAAUAUAAUACAUUAAUAUAAACAAUAAGCAAUUGAAAA